AUGAAGGAUAAUAAGCAGGAAGGGAUCAAGAAUUAUAAGGGCUUUGUCGCGGGGGUGUUUUCAGGCAUUGCUAAACUAACCGUGGGCCAUCCAUUCGACACGAUCAAAGUCCGCCUCCAAACCUCCGACCGAGCUCGAUUCUCCGGCCCUCUACAAUGCCUCGUCCAGACGGUCAAGAAAGAGGGAUUGGCCGGCUUGUACAAAGGCGCCACGCCGCCGCUCGUGGGAUGGAUGUUCAUGGACUCCAUCAUGCUCGGCUCGCUGACCUUCUACCGGCGGCUGCUCCACGAGACGCUCUUCAACCCCAACCGCGGAUCCGCGUCGUCGUCUCCCCUCAGCAUGCUGCUCCGGCGCGAGAUCCCGCCCCCCUCUGAUAACGACGAGGCACCACCGCACAAGCUGCCCACGCUGGGGCACGCCAUGGCGGGGGUCAUGGCCGGCGCGACCGUCAGCUUCGUAGCGGCGCCCGUCGAACACAUCAAAGCGCGUCUGCAGAUCCAGUACUCGAGCAAGAAGGCGGAGCGGCUGUACAAGGGGCCGAUCGACUGCGUGAAGAAGAUCUACCGGUGCCACGGCGUCCCGGGCAUCUAUCACGGGCUCUCGGCCACGCUGCUGUUCCGCGGCUUCUUCUUCUUCUGGUGGGGCAGCUAUGAUAUCUUCUCGAGACUGCUGGCUGAGAAGACGAGCUUGAGUACGCCGGCGAUUAAUUUCUGGGCCGGCGGGCUGAGCGCUCAGAUCUUUUGGAUCACGUCGUAUCCCUCGGAUGUGGUCAAGCAGCGGAUUAUGACGGAUCCGCUGGGCGGAGGGUUGAAUGAUGGCGUGAGGAGGUUCCCGAAUUGGAGGGCUGCGGCUAGGGCCGUUUAUCAAGACGGUGGAUGGAGAGGGUACUGGAGGGGAUUCUUGCCGUGUUUUCUGAGGGCAUUCCCGGCGAAUGCCAUGGCUCUUGUGGCCUUUGAGGGCGUUAUGAGGGCGUUGCCUUAG